CUUUAUUUUGAGAUGUUUCCCUUAAUAAAAUCUAUAUGGAACCUGAAGAAUGGAAUAGUUCUUUUCUUCACUCCUUUGAUUCUUCUUCCACUCCCGCUGGUCAUAAACACAAGGGAGGCCAGCUGUGCCUACGUGAUCAUCCUGAUGGCAGUAUACUGGUGUACCGAGGCUCUUCCUUUAGCUGUCACGUCACUGCUGCCUGCUGUCCUCUUCCCCAUGCUUGGCAUCAUGCAGUCCAAAAUGGUGUGUAUGCAGUACCUGAAGGACACCAACAUGCUGUUUGUAGGUGGAUUAAUGGUGGCAGUGGCUGUCGAACACUGGAACCUACACAAACGCAUCGCCCUGAGAGUCCUGCUCAUUGUUGGAGUUCGACCAGCGCUCCUGAUGCUGGGCUUCAUGGGGGUGACAGCUUUUCUCUCCAUGUGGAUCAGUAACACGGCUACUACGGCCAUGAUGGUCCCCAUAGUGCAGGCUGUUCUGGAGCAGCUGAACAAACAGGAGACGGAGCCUUCACAGAUGACCUGCAGUGUGGAGCGGCCCCGGGCCCCUGAGGCAGAGUACAAACACACGACCAAAGACAGAGAGAGACAAGUGGUGCUGCGCAUGCUGGAUAUCUCUACAGAGGUCAGACAAAAGGAGUUGGCAGAGAAGCGUCUCAUGGCUAAAGGCAUGACUCUCUGUGUUUGCUACGCUGCCAGUGUUGGAGGAACCGCCACACUCACAGGAACUGGACCUAACCUGGUGCUGAAGGGUCAGAUGAACCAAUUGUUCCCUGAAAACGGUGAUGUCAUCAACUUUGCCUCAUGGUUUGGGUUUGCCUUCCCCAACAUGAUCAUCAUGCUGACGAUUGCUUGGCUCUACCUCCAGUUCAUUUUCAUGGGAUUCAACAUUAGGAAGACAUGGGGAUGUGGGGCGAUGAAGUCUGAGAAGGAAAUAGCCGCCUAUAAUGUGAUUCGCGAGCAGCAUCUUCAGCUGGGGCCAAUGUGUUUUGGUGAACUCAGCGUUCUGGCUCUGUUCAGUUUGCUUGUGGCACUGUGGUUUACCCGAGAUCCUGGAUUUGUGGCAGGCUGGGCAACACACACCUUCAACAUCAAAGCAGAAUAUGUGACAGAUGCUACAGUUGCCGUCUUUAUUGCUAUGCUGCUAUUCGUUCUGCCAUCAAAGCCACCUCAGCUGUGCUUCAGUUCUUCCACUGGCUCUGAAACAGAAUCUCAGCGUUCUUCUGAACCCAGUACAGCCCUGCUUUCCUGGAAAGUAGCUCAGAAGAAGUUACCAUGGAACAUUGUUUUGCUUCUAGGUGGAGGAUUUGCUCUGGCCAAAGGGAGUGAGGAGUCGGGUCUAUCCAGAUGGAUGGGGAACCAGUUGACUCCACUUCAUAGUAUUCCUCCAUGGGCCGUUGUGAUCAUCUUGUGCCUCCUGAUUGCCAUUUUCACUGAGUGCACCAGCAAUGUGGCCACAGCAACCCUCUUCCUUCCUGUUCUUGCUUCUAUGUCUCAGUCUGUUGGGAUCAACCCUCUGUACAUCAUGGUGCCCUGCACACUCAGCGCAUCCUUUGCAUUCAUGUUACCUGUGGCGACUCCUCCAAACGCUAUAGUCUUUUCCUAUGGAUACCUCAAAGUUUCAGACAUGGCGAAAACUGGCAUGAUGAUGAACAUCAUAGGAAUUCUCUGCAUCACCUUAGCCAUCAACACUUGGGGAAAAGCCAUGUUCAACUUAGACUCUUUCCCUGCAUGGGCCAACCAAACAGUAAUAUGAUGGACAGUACGAAGCCAAAUGCAGACCGAAAGGGCUGAACUUUAUUUUAAACCCAAAGUUCAGCACACUGAGCACAGAAAAACUGAUCUCUCAGAAGACUAUUUUGGACAUAUAACUAUGGACAUAUAACUAAGCAGCCAUAUAUCUUCAUGUAGUUUCAAAAGAGCAGGAUUAAUACUGUAAAAAUUAUUACAAUUUAAAACUACUCAUAUUUCAGUUUUGUGAUGUCAUAGAUGAAUUUUCAUCACGUCUUCAUCAUGUGAUCCAUCAUAAAUCAAUCUGAUAUACUGAUUUGCUGCUCAAGUUGAAACAGUUGCUUUUUAACCAUUAUACAUUGCUGUUCAGGAUUUCAUUCCAUUUCAUUUCAUGAUGAACAAGGUUCAGUUGAACAGCACUUAUUUAAAGAUUGAAUAUUAGAACACUUUUAUAAUAAUGUAAAAAGUAUCCUUGCUAAAUGAAAGCCUUAUUUUGAAAAAAGUGUACAGUACAUGAACACAUUGUUAGCAGAUUUGUAUUUGUAAUAUUAAUAAUAUGUUUUUGAUCUUUAAAAAAAAUGUUUGCCUAAAAAAUAUAUAGUGGAUCAAUAUAAGAAAGCAGAGAAAGAAGUGGAAUCAAUAAGUGAGCAGUUCAGAUGGUUGAAAUGUUUAUAUAUUUCCAAACAUAUCUUUUACAUAUAGUUCUGAGGACAUCCUAAUCUCUCAGGACCAAGUGAUUAAGCAAUCUUUUCCUCUGAAUUUCUCUGGAAAACACUUGACUGCAUUAAAUCUCAGGGCAAUGAAAAUAUGCAAUUCCCUACAUUAAAAUAAGCAAAUACCUCGUGGUUUUAACAAAUACAUAUCAUAAGUCAUAACAGGUGUGAUGAAAUGCAUUAACAUACAAAUUCAGCACAUUAUAAGCAACAAACUGCAUGGAAAUUAUUUUAUAAGAUCAAUGGUGAAGUGCAAUUUUAAAAAUGUUGUUUUCGUUUGUCACUAACAACAACAGCUGAUUUCUUUUCAUGGGUGUCUUCUGUUUGGGGCAGAAAGACAAUUAUAAUUCCUCUAUGUUCUUGAGAGUUAACAGUUUAUAAAAGUGCAGCUUUAAUUCUAUUUGUACUGUACAUUUCUUCAAGUGUUUAUAACUCCAUUGAAUCGAGUCCACACACUGUAAAAUAAACAAAAGUUGACUAAUCUUAAAAUUUAAGGCAGCAGUUCUUUUUGAGUUGACUCCACUUAAAUCAAGUCAAAUGCAGUACUUGGGUUAAAAGUUGAGUCAACUCAAAAAAAGUUGUGCAGCAAGUUGCCUUCCAAUUAUAAGGGCGUUUUCACACCUGCCUUGUUUAGUUCGGUUGUAUUGCACUAGAGUUCGUUUUUCCUCUUGGUGUCGUUUGGGCAGGUGUGAAUAUAGCAAUCGCACUCGAGUGCGCACCAACAGCAGACCAAAAAAGUGUACCGAGACCUCCUUCAAGAGGUUGUCUCGGUACGCUUUCAAACAAACCCUGGAGUGGUUUGUUUUUGUUGAGAACAUGAUCCGAACUAAAACAGACCCAAAAAGUACUGCGCCUUUUUGGACUAAUCCAGCUGCUGUAGCCUGAUGCGCUGUCCCAUCUUAUGGGGUGUGGAGGAAAAAUAUUUGUUGACAGCGCUUUACCAACCGUUUUAAACAGAGAGAGAGAGGGAAAAACAUUACCUGAUGAAUCGUUUGUAAUAUUUCCAGAAAAUGACCAUGUCGCAGUUUCCCACACAUUAAUUCUGACAAAUCGAAAGGCAAUUUAGGAAAUACGUUCAAUAACAUCUGGCCAAUGAGUGAUGUGGAUUAUCACAUGACUGCAUUUUGGUUCUUUUCAACUAGUUCGGAUCAAAGCAAUCAGUGUGGUGUAAAAAGGACCCACAACGGCAGAAAAAUGCUACAAUGUAUAAUUUGUUGCCCUUGCUCCGGAACAAAUGAACCGAACCACAGAUGUGAAAGCACCCUAAGGUUGAGUCAACGUUUUUGAUUUGACAGUGCAGUGUGUACUGUCAUCAAAAUGACUUUGUAAAAUUGGAACACUGCAUAAUUGGAAAGCAUAUGGCUUGAAUGCACAUAUACAGGGAUGGUAUUUUGAAGUUUAACGCACAUACUGUGUAACUUUACAUUCCAGUGUGAUGUGUGAGUUCUUUAGUACACUGUAUCUCAUUUUGUUUGAUUGCUGAAACAUAUUUUUGGAGAAAGUAUAAGAAUAAAUGAAUCGGUUUAUGAAAAUUAAGCACUUAUAGGGCAUGUGAGUGGAAUGUCUUCAAACUGCUGUUGAGAAAACUGAAUAAAACUGUUU